AUGAGCUGCUACAGAGCAGUAUAUAAGCAGAGGAAAGGAAUCACAGCCUUACCCGGCGAUACAGACACUGUGGAUUGCUACCCUGCCACCCCGGAUGUGCAUGAGGAUGAGGAUGUGGUUGUGGAUGAGGAUGUGGAUGUGGAUGAGGAUGUGGUUGUGGAUGUGGAUGAGGAUGUGGUUGUGGAUGAGGAUGUGGUUGUGGAUGAGGAUGUGGAUGAGGAUGUGGAUGGGGAUGUGGAUAUGGUUGUGGAUGAAGAUGAGGAUGUGGAUGAGGAUGUGGAUGUGCAUGUGGUUUUGGAUGAGGAUGUGGUUGCGGUUCUGGAUGAGGAUGUGGUUGUGGAUGAUGAUGUGGAUGAGGAUGUGGUUGUGGAUGAGGAUGAGGAUGUGGAUGAGGACGUGGUUGUUGAUGUGGAUAUGGAUGAGGAUGAGGAUGUGCCUGAUGUGGUUGUGGAUGAGGAUGUGGUUGUGGAUGAAGAUGUGGAUGAGGAUGAGGAUGAGGAUGUGGUUGUGGUUGUGGAUGAGGAUGUGGUUGUGGAUGAUGAUGAGGAUGUGGUUGUGGAUGUGGAUGUGGUUGAGGAUGUGGUUGUGGAUGAGGAUGAGGAUGUGGAUGAGGACGUGGUUGUUGAUGUGGAUAUGGAUGAGGAUGAGGAUGUGGUUGUGGUUGUGGAUGAGGAUGUGGUUGUGGAUGAGGAUGUGGUUGUGGAUGAAGAUGUGGAUGAGGAUGAGGAUGAGGAUGUGGUUGUGGUUGUGGAUGAGGAUGUGGAUGAGGAUGUGGAUGUGGAUGAGGAUGUGGUUGUGGAUGAGGAUGUGGUUGUGGAUGAGGAUGUGGAUGAGGAUGUGGUUGUGGAUAAGGAUGUGGAUUUGGAUGUGGAUGUGGAUGUGGAUGAGGAUGUGGAUGAGGAUGUGGAUGUGGAUGAGGAUGUGGUUGUGGAUAAGGAUGUGGAUGAGGAUGUGGAUGGGGAUGUGGAUGAGUUUGUGGAUGAGGUUGUGGAUGAGGAUGUGGAUGUGGAUGAGGAAGAGGAUGUGGAUGUGGAUGAGGAUAAGCAUGUGGAUGUGGAUGAGGAUGUGGAUGUGGAUGAGGAUGUGGAUGAGGAUGUGGAUGUGGAUGAGGAUGUGGAUGAGGAUGUGGAUGAGGAUGAGGAUGUGGAUGAGGAUGUGGAUGUGGAUGAGGAUGUGGAUGUGCAUGCAUAG